AACUAAAUCAGAUGGCUUUGACCAACACAUCGACAAAGGAUUGCUGUCUUCAAGCAACUAAAGAUAUCAUCAACCUCAAAAACAAGCUGAAUAUAACGACAUUUGAAAUGAGAUCAACGGACCAGACUUUGCACAAUACCAUAAUGCAUAUCAACACYUCUCUUACCGAUCAGAUAUCAAACGUCAGUAAGCAAGAAGGUCCAAGUGGUCCUCCAGGGUCGCAAGGUCCACCGGGGCCACAGGGACCACAGGGACCCCCAGGAAUUCAGGGACCUGUAGCGAGUGGUGGAGCUAACUUGAGCUUAUGUCAGUUUAAGAUUGCGACUAGUACACCGGUCACAGCCAACAGCCUGGCAGAAACUGAUCUCAUAUGGAUGGAACCUAGUGGUAAAAGAAUUGUCGGUGCUACAUGUUCAACAAAUGCUGCUCUAGAGUACAAUUUCAACUCGUAUACAAAACCUAGCGGUGAGCGAGUUUACCGAUGCAUGUGCAAAGGACAGUCAUCCAAGUUUUUCUCGAGUACGGGGAAGAUGUACUGCUAUCUUAACUACUGGGAGUGUCCGCUGAACUGAUCCACAUCUAGGGAUGGUAGUCUUGAAGGAAUGAAAUGGAAUACAGAAGAUACUAUGAGGAUUAAUUCUGUAUGGAAGAUAUUGUAAGAGCACGUCGUAGCAAUAGACAGUUUUAGAUUGACGUU